AUGUUUCUACAGCAGCUUAGAGUAGAGGCAGCCGGAGGUGAAAGUUCUCUCAAUCAACUAGUUAGUAAAUUCUGGGAAUCCGAAAACGUUACACCCAUCUCACCGAGGAGGAACAAUUAUGCGGAAAGCACUAUCGUAAUACCACCACGCGCGAUACAUGUGGCUGGUACAUCGUCAAGCUACCAUAUCGUUAAGAUCCUGCCACUCUGGGAGAAACCGGAUACACAGCACUACAUUUCACAGUAUAUCCAAGCGGAACACACAUCUUACAUAGCACCUGCCAAGGAUCCAGAGAAGAUAAUAUAUCUCCCGCAUCAGGGCGUUCUCAAAGAAGACAGCAGCACAACUAAACUUCUGGUCGUGUUCAAUGCCUCGCAGAAGUCUACCAAUGGCUUGGCACUCAACGAUAUCCUGAUGACUGGACCAGUAGUUCAGGAUACUUUGUACAAUAUUCUUUUGAAUUUCCGAACGCAUUGCAUUGCGUUGACAGGGGACAUUGAGAAAAUGUACCUUCAAAUAAAGGUCACCAGUGAGGACAGCAAGCUCAUUCGGAUGCUGUGGCAGGAACCGGGUCAACCGGUGGCAGAGUAUGGUAUGAAAACCGUUACGUUUGGUAUCACUUGUGCCCCCCAUCUGGCUACCCGAACCUUGCAACAGAAGCCAUCAAGGAUUUUUAUGUCGACGAUUGCCUGA